AUGAAGGACACGUCAAAGCUUUUGGAGACGGUUCGUUUGCCUUUUCUUUUUUGACUCUCGACACAAAUUUAACUUUUCAAGUGGACUCAUUUUAUUUUUACCUGAAAGACACGCGAGAACUUACAAUUUGCCGUUAUUUCUCUGGCAGACGAGAGCGGCGAGGCAAAAUGAUUUUUUUUGAAAGUUCAAUUUUUGCAGAACGAAGAAGAAUGCUGGGAAUUCCUGUCGAGUCUUUUCGAAUUCGACAAGAAGACGGAAGAGGAGAUGAUUCGAUUCACCGAUGCUACCGACGAAAUGGAUAAGAUCAAUCAUCACCUUAAGUGCGAUGCUAUGCAAUCAAACUUCGAGAAAGUCUUUAUUAAUUACAUUUAUCAAUAUAAAACUAGCGAUAAGAGCGGCGAACAUACCAAUUGGGCGAAGCGUGUCGGACUUCCCUAUAUGGUAGAGUCCAUCGGAUCGGCCGAAGAGGAAGCAGUCGAGUUCUUGCUCACUUCGUUCUCGCGUUGUCAUCGGGAGCUGUCAAAUGUGAGUAGGGUAGAAAAUUCUGUUUCAGAUCACUGUAAAUUGGCUCAAAUGUGUUUUUUAGCUCUAAUUUUCCAGGAAAACCAUUCGGAGAUUGCGAAGGGAGUGAUCACUUCUGCACAGCAAGCGAUACUCAUUGCGUUUGUCAACUUGCUAAGAGGAUGGUUCGAUCAGCGCCUCAGUCGUCAGUUGUCGGUCAUGGUGUUCUAUAAACGACUGCUGGAGGAUACGGUUUCCAAGAACUUUGUGUAUAAACUAAUCGAGCUCUGUAUCAAUCCGGAAUUAUGCGACGGAGAUGCGUUCAGUGAUGUUUUCAAUCCUAUCCUCACCAUGAUGCGCUCUACAAUGCUUGUUCAGCACUUUGAGGACAAUAAGGAUGAUAUUGUGAACCAGGUGCUUCGAUUGGGCGGUUACCUUCUGAAUAUCAGAUGUCCCAACCAGAGACCUCUUAGCAAAUUGCUUGUGGAACGAGACGAUUUUCUUCCGGGACUUUCUGACGUAAUUCCGGGACGAGAAUUCGGCAUCAUGUCCUAUUUGGGUACUUUCUUCGACUACGGUGUUAUAUCAUCCGGAGGUACUCCAAACACACGACUCUUCCUUGGAAUGGAAGAAGACGCACGCAGAAAAGAAGGAUUUGUGAACAUGGAACAGAAGAAUUGCUUCCGAAGAAUGGACUCGUACCGCAAUUCUCUCCACGAUAUGAUAUCGCCAAUUCUCCAGGAAAAAUCAAGUCGUGAUUUAUGCAUCAAAUGGAUGCACACUACCGUCUACAGCAAUAUGCCACGUGGCCGUACCCACUUUGAACAUUCGGAAGUGCUUUGCGAUCAUUUCAUGAUCAACUUUUUGGCGAUCAUGUACAAGUUUUCGGUGAGAGUUCAGAUGCCCAGGAUCAGUGUAGUCUAUCCGUUCCAACCGGGAUCUCUUACGGACGCAUCUGAGGAGACCCACAUCAAUAUGGAUGAGACGACUGGAAUUGAGUAUGCCACGCAAUAUUGUAAGUUCGUAGCUCAGUGAAAGCCAAAAUAACUAUAACUUUUGCAUGGUUUCAUUUUAAAAUAUUUUCCAUUUUUGUCUGAAACUCAAAAGUUUAUGUUAUUCGGCCUCUACUGUUUAUAUUCUGUACAAAGCCUGCCAAAUUCAUCGUACUCCUUCCAAACUAUCGUCUUUCAGUGGAUCGUCCAGCAGAAGCGGAGAACUUCUCGACUGUCUGCUUCUUCCUGACAAUCGUCACCCAACACUUGGUACUUCCCCCAGUGUACCAUCAAAUCACCGAGUUCAGCCGGCACGUCAAGGAUUUGCAAUCAAAAUUGGAAGUACUGAAAAACCGUUUGCUUACUGUUUCCACGGAGCCGGAACGCUCUGAUUUGACAGAAAAAGUUCAGAGUGAUGAGGAGCAUUUGAAAUUCAUGUGCCGUCACCUUUUGUGCCUGAAAACUAUGACCCAGGACGAUCAUCUGGCCGGAUUGAUAAUGGAGUUCACGAAUAUGGAAAUGAAUAUGAUUAUGGAUUCGCUUGUUCCGAAUCUGAAUAUGAUGGGAGAUGACAGUCAGUUGCCCGCGGAGCCGACUCCGUUGUUCAGUGCGUAUCCUCAACAUUAUCUGGAGGACUUGUUCGAUAUUUUCGCCUACUUUCAUCACGGUGUCCCGACCGUUUUGAUGAACAGUAACACGGAUUGGCUCUACCGUUUCGUGAUACUGUUCGUCCACUACGAUUACAUGAAGAGCCCAUUCUUGGUUUCCAAACUCCUGAGGGUGAUUACUGCUUCCAGCCAAAAUAUAUCAUACCACCUGUUCAAUUUCCGAAUGGUGCAGGAGAAAAUGCUUCCAAUGAUGAUAAAAUUCUACUCGGAUUUCGAGGAUAGCGGCGAUUUUUACGAGAAAUUCAAUGUUCGAGGAAACAUCCAAUACAUUUUGGAAAAAAUGCAGGAUAAUGUUUUCUACAAGUCAAGAUUUAUGGAGAUGGCUCGGGAAUGUGGCCCAGAAUUCAUUCGAUUCGUCAAUAUGGUUAUCAAUGAUGCAACGUGGUGCAUUGACGAGAGUUUGUCCGGAUUGAAGAGCAUUCAUGACGUGGAAAAGAAGAUGGCGAACACUCUUGAAUGGGCUAAAAUGAAUCAUGAACUCAAGAAUCAACAGCUUGGAGUGCUGGAAGAGGCAAAGCGAAAAGUGACGGGAUGGAUGCAGACUGCAACCAGCAACCUAAAGCUUAUGGUUCAAAUCACCGACAACUCUCCGGAACCGUUCCGAACUUCGGCUCUCGGAGAGCAGCUGGCCACAAUGCUCAACCACAAUCUGUCUCAGUUGAUGGGAAAGAAGUGCACCGAGCUCAAAGUGCGAGAUCCCGAAAGUUAUGGGUGGAAGCCACGAGAGUUUGUCAAUGAUCUCAUUGCAAUCUACUUGGCCCUCUAUGUGCCGGAGUUCGUCAAGUGCAUCGCUUAUGAUGAGGUUUGUUUCGGGGCGAAAAUAGUUUUCAUCGUCGUAUCCCUAAUUACUGAUUUCAGAGAACCUACAGUCCGGAGUUCUUCAAGAUGGCAUUGGAACGAAUGAGAAAGAGCCAGAUUCUGAGCUUCAGUAUGCUCGAACACUUUCAACAUCUGGCCGAAGACGUCGAACGCGUGUACGCAUCAAAGGCGGAGCUUGAGGAGGAGUACGAUGACGUGCCGGAAGAGUUUAAGGAUCCGAUUAUGGAUGCGAUCAUGAUAGACCCAGUGAAGUUGCCGUCGGGACACAUUAUGGAUCGGGCGGUCAUUGAGCGACAUCUUCUGAGUACUCCGAACAACCCGUUCAAUCGCGCGCAACUCACGGUCGGAGAACUCCUUCCGGAUGUCGAACUGAAAGCCAAAAUACAGGCGUGGAUUGCGAAGAAAAGAUUGGAAAAACGUAAAUAA